CUCAAGAUAGGCAUUGGAAUUAGUCUAAGUCGUAUAGUGUCUGUUGCAUGCCGGAAGGUUUGUGUUCGUCACUCUCUCUCCUGCUUUUAUUCGAAGAUACGUUUCCCUAUCCGUAGCUGAGUAAGUGUAGUAAUAGGUCUUAAAAUGCAUUUUGGUGUUCAUGAUAAUAUGACAACUUUGCGUAGUGGCUGCAGUGCAGAGCGGAAGUACAUCAUGACUGACAAGUUCAACCAACCAGUCACCACAUCAUCCUACUCUUUCUUAACCAAUCAAUGAUCUUGUUUGAGUGGGCGUCUCCAUACUUUCCGGAAACGUCUCCAUGUCCUUGAUUACGAAGUAACGUGGGGAUAAAUAAGUGCAUUUCCAAAUCAAAGCUAGGCGGGUGUCAAAACAAGUCCAGUAACCAUGCCUCUCCACAAGUACCCCCCUAAGAUCUGGGAAGCACUGAAACUGAAGCAGGGAAUCUACAGCCGCCUCCCCCAGCAUUACCUUCGAUCCCUGGAGCAAACCAGGCCGCCCACGCCAGUCCACUGGAAGCCCCUUGGAGUAAAGUUCAGGGCAAACCCCAAAACAGGGCACAAGGAGCGGGUCCAAGACGUCCCAAUCCCCAUCUACUACCCCCCAGAGUCCCACGAUGGCCUAUGGGGAGGUGAGGGGUGGAUAUCCGGUUUCAGAUAUGCCAGCAACGACAAGAUGUCCAACAGGCUGAAGAAGGUCUGGAAGCCACAACUGUUCGUCAGAGAGCUGUACAGUGAGAUCCUCGAUCACAGGUUCACCAUCACUGUCACAGCUCGCACGCUCAAUCUGAUUGACGCUGCCUACGGUUUUGACUUCUACAUCCUGAAGACACCGAAAGAAGACCUAAACUCCAAGCUGGGGAUGGACCUGAAGCGGGCCAUGCUCCUACGGCUGGCAUUUAAAGACACCCAGCUCUACCCAGAAGACCCUGCCAAGAGGGAGAAGAUCUACGCCAAGUACAAGCAGCAGUUUGAGAUCCCUGCAGAAGAGGCUGAGUGGGUGGGCCUGAGUCUAGAGGAGGCUGUGGAGAAACAGAGACAGCUGGAACACAAGGAACCAGAGCCCCUGUUCAAGAGCUGUGUGGAGAAGCUGGUCAAGGAGCUGGCCGUGCAGAAACUCUCUGAGCCACAACUAGUGGAGAAGAAAUAAGACACUGUCUGGGGAGCACUGAGGUCACCUGUGUACAGUUUCAUCUGGUGGCCACUUGGUACCAAUACAAUACACCUUAUUUAUUCAGGUCAUAUUUUUCCAGCAGGACACAUUUAAAUCCAUAAAAAUGGAGUGAAUAGAAAGGUCUUGGGGGAAGAUCAUUUUGAAUAUUCCUAUUUCUAUGUUCAAAUUCAGGUUGUGACCAUGUGAUAUUCUCCCACCCGGAUGUGAGAUCUACAUUGAUCUUUGCCAUUUUCUUUGUCCGACUAAUAAAAUAUUAUCUUUUUUA